AUGUUUUUCUGUCUCUCAGACAGAGGAACUGCUGCUGCAACAUUAGGAAUCCGCAGGCUGUUCGGUACUUCUGCCGUUGCUGCAGAAGAGCCUAUCACGCCCCCGGUCGAAGUGAAACACACACAGCUCUUAAUCAACGGCAAAUUUGUUGAUUCAGCAUCAGGUAUCUUUUCUCGCGUUGACUCUUUAUUUCUGUCCAUGUGGAGUCCUCAUGCUCACCCAAUCAUUAUUAUUAUUACUAUCAAAAUUUUCUUAUUCUGCACGUUUUCUUCCCAGGGAAGACAUUCCCUACCCUGGAUCCUAGGACAGGAGAGGUUAUAGCCCAUGUUGCUGAGGGCGAAGCUGAAGAUAUCAACCGGGCUGUGAUCGCUGCCCGCAAGGCAUUCGAUGAGGGACCAUGGCCGAAAAUGUCUCCCUAUGUAAACAUCCUUGGUUUCUUGCUAAUAUAUAUUAAUAUAAAUCAUGCAUUUAAAUGAUAUUUCCUCAUACUCUGCUGGUGCCAUUUCCCAGAAAAGGUCCAUGAUACUUUACCGCUUUGCGGAUUUGAUUGAAAAACACAAUGAUGAAAUCGCAGCACUUGAGACUUGGGACAAUGGGAAGCCGUAUCAACAAGCUGUGUCAGUAGAAAUACCCAUGCUUGCUCGCCUGAUUCGAUACUAUGCUGGCAAGCCAUCCCUACCGCAAAAGAAAGAAACAGUUUAGUGUGCGCCCAAAAAGGAAAUGAAAACCUAAUGAAAAAAUGUUAUUUUAUGGCGUUUCAGGUUGGGCAGACAAAAUCCAUGGACUUACGGCUCAAGCUGAUGGAGCACAUCAUGUUCAAGUGCUACAUGAGCCUUACGGUGUUGCUGGGCAGAUUAUCCCCUGGAAUUUUCCACUACUGAUGUUUGCUUGGAAAGUCGGCCCUGCAUUGGCAUGUGGAAAUACUAUUGUACUAAAGACUGCGGAGCAGACUCCUCUCUCUGCACUGUAUGUGGCAAGGCUAGCUCUUGAGGUAGGGAUUUCCAUUCCUAUCUAUAUUUCAAAUCGAAACCAUGGCUAUGAACUGUGUGGUACAAAGGCAUCAUUGAGUGCUUGAUUAUUUUUGUGCCACGUGUUACCAAUAAAGAGGGUUAACAUGGUUUACAUAAAUGGGUUGUUAUUUAAAUGCAAAACACUUUUUAUCCCUUCUGAUUAUUAUGGUGGCACACCUCACUUCAGAAACAUAUUAUUUGUGGCACAGAAAGGUAAAAUCUCUUACAGGAGAAAUGUUUGUCAGAAGUUGGUAAGUACAACACCGUAAAAUAACUAAAGAAAUAUAAAUGAAAUACAUUGAAUAAAAAUAAUGCAGCGAAUUUAAAUAUGCUUGAGGGUAUUUCAUAGUAACUGCCAGCCUAUCGGUGUGAAGCCUCUUGAAAAGGCCACCAGGGAAAUUUUCCCUGAAGAACUGUUAUGUACAUCGUUGCACAAUAUUUUUUGGUCAGUUCGAAAAUAAGAGUGCAGAUGAACAGGCUUCAUCGUCACAGAAAUCUGAUACAAAUAGUGAAUAGUAUAAAAUGGAUCUUUCUACUUGAUUAUUAGCUUUUGAUAUCUAUUUUUGUGUACAUGACAGAGAUGUAUUUUUUCCUCUAUAUUUCUGUCAUGAUAUAUUUAAUAUUGCAUAAAUAGGAAAGUCUAUCCUCUGUGGCAUGACUUGUAUCUGACAUGCGUUCGUGUUUACAGGCUGGGCUUCCACCUGGUGUCUUAAAUGUAGUGUCUGGAUUUGGCCCAACUGCUGGCGCAUCCCUCGCUACUCACAUGGAUGUUGACAAGGUAUCUUAUGAGAGACAACCAGCAGCCACCUUUAAACGAUUUCGUUCAUUAUCUGCAAACGCAAACCGUACCACAUAAGUGGCAAUUAAUCAUAUUUCUGUGUUAUGUAACACCAUUUACACUAUGUCCCCCUCAAUCAUGUUAGAAUUUUUUUCUUCCUUCGAAGUUCAACAUGCAGAGAAAUAAUUCUCAAGACUAUUUUCUUGCUUAAUCUCGACUUAAAAUCUCAAUAAUUUCUACGACCAAAGGUGAGACAUACAGGUUAUUAAGGUGUCCGGCUUGAAGAUGUUCUUAUUUCUUCCCUCGCAAAUUCACCAGUGAGUAGCAGGAAAUUCACUCAGCAAUUGCAUUCGUCAUUCACAGCACAAGGUGGCUAUUGUCACAUGAAGUCAUAGAUACCAUCUAGCUGAUGCUGUCGGAAAUUUUGAUCCAAGAUUUUAUCCAUCAGCUUCCCAAUCGACUCAAUGAUAGUUUAUAACCUUAUAAACUACAUUUUCUACAAAAUGGCACCGGAAAGACUAUGCAUCGGCAUAUCUAGACAACAUUUCCAAAUCUAUCACAUGUUAGAAAGAUGUAGAUUUUCAUAGGACUUUCGCCCAACCAUAUAACCCACUGGUCUCUGACUUCCAUUGAUUGAAAGAUCAAUGACUUCAAACUGUAUAGAGAAUGAACUUCUGACUCCCGCUUUGCUGUCUUUUUGUAAUCAAUCAUGUUUGUUAAUAUAAUCCCCUUAAUCCUUUUAUUUGAACGAAAAAAUUUCGGAAGGUCCCUGGGAGUUGGAGAGACAGAUAAGAUAACUGAGUACCAUGGCAUUCCUUCCGGAGUGAAUAUCCCCAUCGAAGGCCUUCACUUCAUUCUCGUAUUUGAAAUACACAAUGCCGUGUAUCUAUAAAGUUUCCCACUUAAUACUAAAAAAAUCCUUGGAAAAAUCUAUUUGAGAUCUCAAUAUGUUCAGCCUGUCCACUGACUUUUUACGAGUAGUUCAACAAUGAUCGCCUUUAAAACCAAGAAAUCGAAAUUUUCUUUUCCAGAUGAACUAAGUGGACAAAAAUACAAGUUUCAUGGACCAACAUUGAAAUUUUUUACACGUUCCACAGUUUCCUCCGUCGCCUUCCUUCACAGCCAUUUAGCCAAUGGUGUUUUACUAAAGCUCCAUAUGCAACAACUUUUAUUUCUUCUUCCUUAUUGCCGUGAUGUCAGCUUGCUUUUACUGGAUCGACGGACACUGGUAAGAUUGUUCUUGAGUUGGCUGCAAGAAGCAAUCUGAAGCCAGUGACUCUAGAACUUGGAGGAAAAUCCCCUUUCAUUGUCUGCGAAGAUGCAGACGUUGACAAGGCUGUUGAGAUGGCACAUUUUGCUUUGUUCUUCAACCAGGUGAGAGUCCAUGGCAAUCAAAAUCUCCUUCAGAAUAUGGAGGAAUCAAAUUUUCAUAAAAUAGUUUGCUGCAAGCUAAGGUGGAGUUUUCGACAGGGUCAAUGCUGUUGUGCUGGAUCUCGAACUUUUGUGCAUGAAAAAGUGUAUGAUGAAUUUCUAGAGAAAUCGAAAGCUCGUGCAUUAAGGCGUGUUGUUGGUGACCCCUUCAAAAAGGGUGUUGAACAAGGUCCACAGGUAUACUGAAUGCAAAUUUCUUUCUUUUGGUUGUAGGAUGAAUAUCCAUGUCUCACAUAACCUUUGUCUUCCAUCAUGGUUGUCUUCUCUGAAUUGCACAAAUUUCAAGAGCACCUGGUGGUUCCAUAUGCAUCUGUUUGACUUGUAUCUCCAAAUUAUCCGUAAUUAUGUCUAACGGAUGAAAAUAAAACAAGGAAGCUCCCAGUAGAAUAUGCACCUCUCUUAGUGGAUAGUGAGAAGUGUAGCACACAUGUCCUCCACGUGGUCCCCUAAAAGCGCCACAUGUUUCCAAGCUUAUUAGUUAGGAUUUCAGUCCAUUAAUACAAUUAAUCACAAUAGGGGCUUCUACUCUGAGUGAGUUACGACGGUGGUGCGAUUUUCAUAUGAUAGCCAGUGAGAAACCAAUAGUGAAAUCUGCCGCUAGCUAUAGUUCUUAAGUGCAAGGACAUUUUUUCCAAAUGUUUUGUGUGAGGAGGAAUAUGUGAGACUUUAUUUCCAAGAAAUCUUCAAGACAAGGAAAUGGUACCAUCAAACUAUCUUUCAUUGUGCGCAAGAACUAAAAUUAGAAAAGGUUUAAGGUAUCUAGAAUCAGUUCUUCAUGUGCUCCCCCUGAUAGAUGUCUCUUCAUGCCCAUCAAAUGCAAACCAAUCAACUAAACAAAACACCUAGAGGAGCCUGAUAUUCAUUUUUCUGCCCUCUCUGGGCCCACCCUGCCUCAUCUUUAAUCAUCUCCUGCGACUAUUGCUUCACAAAAUUCAGAUCGACGAGGAGCAGUUCAACAAGAUCAUGCACUACAUAAGAUCUGGACUCGACAGUGGAGCCACCCUCGAAGCAGGAGGUGACAGAUUUGGCACCAAGGGCUACUACAUCCAACCCACUGUGUUCUCAGAUGUGAAGGUAAUGAAACUCCUCACUCUUCUCUACACCAGCUUUCUAACACCUUCCUUCAUCUUAAAGCAGUUACCUCAUGAAACUUGUUAUCAACAACCAGGAUGACAUGCUGAUUGCGAAGGACGAGAUCUUCGGACCAGUGCAGUCAAUCCUGAAGUUCAAGUGAGCUUUAAACCAUAUGGGUCUCAUGGUCUUAGCUCGUUUUUCCAUGUCCUCACUCUCAAUGCCGUGCCAUCUCCAUCCAGAGACCUUGAUGAGGUAGUUCGCCGGGCCAAUGCAACCCGCUAUGGGCUUGCUGCUGGGAUCUUCACCAACAACCUCGACACGGCGAACACCCUGACCCGGGCUCUGCGGCAGGGGACCAUCUGGAUCAACUGCUUCGACGUCUUUGAUGCCGCCAUCCCCUUCGGCGGGUUCAAGAUGAGCGGGCAGGGAAGGGAGAAGGGGAUCCACAGCCUCAGGAAUUACCUCCAGGUGAAGGCAGUCGUCACACCACUGAAGAACCCUGCAUGGCUGUAA